GGAGCGGGUCCGGUUCCCGUGUCCCGGGCCGGUUCCCGUGUCCCGGGCCGGAGCGGGGCCGGUUCCCCAGCCCGUGCCGCUGCUCGGUUGCCCGCGGCGGGCACAGCCCCUCGCACUCGCCAUGGCUCUGUCCUGUGUGCUGGGGCCACCGCGCCGCCACCUCCGCCCUCCGCCGCUCGCCCUGCUCCGCCUGUCCCCUCGGCACCGCAGCCUGGUGACAACCACGGCAGCAACGUGGGGAGGGAGGAAAAAGGCCAGGGUGAGCUGCGGCCUGCCAGAGCUUUCCUGGGAGGAGAGGUUAGCAAAUGCAGUGACACCACUGUGGAGACUUCCCUACCAAGAGCAGCUGCAGGUAAAGUAUGAAAGCCAGAGGAAGAUUUUGCAGACACUGGCAUCUCGUCUUGAGGAGCUGGGCAUAGAUGCACAGAAACCUGGUGAGCUGUGUUGUCCUCUGCAGCCUGUAGUCCCUUCGCCCAUCAUUAAUGGCUACCGAAACAAAUCGACUUUCUCUGUGAACCGAGGACCAGAUGGGAACCCCAAAACUGUGGGGUUGUAUGUAGGAACUGGCAGAGAAAGAAAUAUUGUCUGUGUGAAAGCCAACCAUGUGGAGAACAUACCCUCAAAACACAAACAAGUAGCCCAGUGCUAUGAGGAGUUCAUCUGUCACUCCCCCCUGGACUCCUGCAUCCUCUUCCAUGAAGGUGGACACUGGCGAGAGCUCGUGGUUCGUACCACCGGCUGUGGCCACACCAUGGCUAUCAUCACCUUCCACCCCCAGCAGCUGGGCCAGGAGGAACUGGCUACUCAGAAAGCAUUGCUGAAGGAAUUCUUCACAUGUGGCCCUGGAGCAGUCUGUGACUUGACUUCACUUUAUUUCCAAGAGAGCACCAUGACACGCUGCUCCCACGAGCAGUCCCCCUUCCAGCUCCUCCACGGAGCACCACACAUCUUCGAAGAACUGCUCGGCCUGAAGUUCCGCAUCUCUCCAGAUGCCUUUUUCCAAGUCAACACGGCUGGAGCAGAAGUUCUGUACCAGGCAGUCGGGGAGCUCUGCCAGGCUACUGGGGACACUGUCCUCCUUGACAUCUGCUGUGGAACAGGCACAAUUGGUCUCUCUCUGGCUCACCGAGUGUCCAAGGUUAUUGGUGUCGAGGUGGUGGAGAAGGCAAUAGAGGAUGCUGAGUGGAAUGCAGCAUUCAAUGGGAUCUCAAACUGUGAGUUUCACAGUGGAAAGGCAGAGGCUGUGUUACCACAGCUCCUGGCAUCGUGGGAGGAUGCCCGACCGCUUGUUGCUGUGGUGAACCCUUCCCGGGCUGGCCUACAUUACAGGGUGGUACGAGCCAUCCGGAACUGCAGGUCCAUCCGCAGGCUGCUCUACAUCUCCUGCAAGCCAGAGGGUGAAGCCAUGAGGAACUUCCUCGAGCUAUGCUGCCCACCUGACCCACGGAAGAAGCUGACAGGGGAGCAAUUUUCCCCCAUGCUGGCUAUUCCUUUUGACAUGUUUCCUCACACUGGACAUUGUGAGCUGCUGCUGCUGUUCACCCGCUGACAAGGAGGCAGGAAUGAGCUCUGAGAGCUUGGGAAGCAACCUCCUCUUGUCCUGAAGAGCUGAUGUAGUUAGGAUUUUAACUUAUUUUCUGUGAAGUUGUAUAAAAAUAAAUAAUUUUGUUUUUUCUCUUACUUUA